CCCGGAUAUGGCUCGUGCACAGCAGAAGAUUCAGUCUCAGCAGAAAAAUGCCAAAAAGCAGGCUGGACAAAAGAAGAAACAAGGACACGACCAAAAGGCUGCUGCCAAAGCUGCCUUAAUAUAUACCUGCACAGUCUGUAGGACACAAAUGCCAGACCCGAAGACCUUCAAGCAGCACUUUGAGAGCAAGCACUCUAAGACUCCACUUCCUCCAGAGCUGGCUGACGUUCAGGCAUAAAGCUUACAGGUGAACUCAUGACACCUUUGGCUCUUCUACUGUCUCAGACCUUAGGUAACAAACCUGCAGCUGCUUUUUUAAACAAACUGUUGAUCAGCAAAAAUAAAGGGGCUACAGAAACACUCAUUUUUAUGCUGUUCCCUUUAGGCUUCAUGCAAAGACAAUUCUGUGUAAGUGUACAGUCGACUCUGAUUUGGAAAUCUGAAAAAUCAGUCCAUUCUUGUUAUAAAAUUUUUUUACAAUUGUAAUUAUAUUGAUGUUCAUAUUGUGUAAAAUAACUCAUUUAAUAAAGUAGUGCUUUGAUUUUACAACA